AUGGAAAUUAAUAAUAAUAAUAAUAGUAAUAGUAAUGAUAGUAAUAAUAAUUAUAAUAAUAUAAUAAAAAAAGAUUAUAAAGAAAAAGAAGAAGAAAGAGAAAAUAGGAAUGAAAUUUUAUUUUGGAAUGUAUUUCAUAAUAAAUUUUUAAGAUGUUUAAUUAUACAUCAUAUUAAUAAUACUCAUGAAUGGGUACAAUAUGAAGAUCAUAUUAGUAUUCAUUUCAAUAAUCGAAAGAAAUUUAAAGACAUUAUAUCACUUGAUAGAAUGAUAAGAUCAAAGCAAUAUAUAUUAUUAAAAUAUAAACUAGAAUCAAAUGAACAUAUUCAUAUAACAAAAUUCUCUUCAACUUAUUUAUUUAAAGCAUUUAAUGAAUUUAAAUUUAAUAAUAAUAAUAAUAAUAAUAAUAAUAAUAAUAAUAAUAAUAAUAAUAAUAAUAAUAAUAAUAAUAAUAAUAAUAAUAAUAAUAAUAAUAAUAAUAAUAAUAAUAAUAAUAAUAAUAAUAAUAAUAAUAAUAAUAAUAAUAAAGAAGAAGAAAAAGAAAAAGAAAAAAAUAUAAUAAUAUUAAAAGAUAUAUUAAAUUUAUUAUUAAUAAAGAAAAGGAAUCAAUUUGAAAUUCAUGAUCUUACAAAGGAUGCAAUUUCAAAUGAUUGUAUUGAAGCAUUCAAUAUAUUAAUAAAUGAACCAUACUCAAUAAAAGUUUAUCCAUCAACAUUAACAAAAGCAAUAAAGAAUUGUCAUCCUGAUAUAGUAUCACUAUUAUUAGAUUUACAAAUAAAACAAUUUGGUAAAAUUAUCAUACCUAAAAAAGUUAAAAACUAUUCAAUUUUCAUGGCUUCAAAAAAUAAACGUUAUACAGAACAAAUGAUGAAUUUUAUACUAUUUAGUAAUUUAAAUUUAUCAAUAUUAUCACCAUCAUUAUCAUCUUCAUCAUCAUCAUCAUCAUCAUCAACAACAUCAUCAUCACCAACAUCACCAACAUCAUUAUCAUCAUUAUCAUCAUUAUCACCACCUUUACAAUUAAAAUCAUCAAGAAUUUUUGAAGAUAUCACUCAAUCAUCAAUAAUAGUAGAAGAACGAAAAAAUAAAAGAUUUAAAAAAGAUGAGAAAAUAGAAAAAAAAAAAGAAAAAGAAAAAGAGUUAGAAAAUGAAAAAGAAAAUGAACAACAACAACAACAACAACAACAACAACAACAACAAGAAGAAGAAAAUGAAGAAAAUGAAGAAGAAGAAGAAAUUAAUUUAAAUGAAGAUUAUGAAAAUAAUGAUAAAGAUUAUGAAAAUAAUAAUAAUAAUAAUAGAUUUAUUGAUUUUAAAACAUUUUAUUCAUUAAAAUGUUUAAAAUUAAAAUAUAAAUUAAUGGAAUUAGAAUUAAUAUCAAAUAAAAAUUUAACAAUAACUGAUUUCAUUGAAUUAUCAAUUGAUUAUUCAUUUGAAAGAUUAUUAUUUGAAUUUAGAGUAGAAAUUAAAUAUUUUAGUAAUCAUUUAAAUCAUAAUACAAAGAAAGAAAUCGAGAAAAGGUUAAUUGAAAUUGAAUCAAUAGAUAAUCAAUUUGAAAAGUUAAAACAGUUGCAAAAGUUUAUAAUAUUACAAACAAAGUUAAUUGGUUUAUCAAAGGAUUACAUUCUAAAGUAUGGUGAAACAAUCAAUGAAUUACAUUUAGAUGAUGGAUUUCAUUCAUUAAAUGAUGGUUCAGAAAGAUCAAAUUUAAUAAACUUAUUUAGAUAUAUUGGUUUACUUGGUUUAAAUAGUACUGAUUAUUUUUUAAAAUUAAUGAAAGAAUCAAUGAAUGAUAGUAAAAUUAAAUGGUAUCCAAUUUUAAAUUGUAUUAAAAAAGAUUAUAAUAAUAAUAUCAACAACAACAACAAUAAUAAUAAUAAUAAUAAUAAUAAUAAUAAAAUAUUUUUUAUAUCAAAGAAAUCAGAAGUUGAUUGGUUUAUUGGAUGUGAUAAUGAAUUAAUUCAUUCAUUAGUUUUUGAACAUAUUUGUACAGAUACAUUUAGAAUUGAUAAUGUAGAAUUAUUAGAAUAUAUUCAUUUAGAAAGAGUUAAUAUAAAUAAAGCAAAUUAUAAAUCAUUAAGUGAAAAAUAUUUAAAGAAAUCACAGAUUGAAGGUAUAGAUCCAAGAAAACAGUAUAGACAUAAUUUCAAGAGAGCAAUUCAAAAUUGUGAUAUUAAAAGUUUAAAAGUAAUUGAUAAAUUGGGUGUAAAAGUUGUAACGACUCAAGAAAGAUUUAUAUUACCAAAUACACCAAUCAAUCAAAUUAAAACUCUAUUAGAUUAUCUUUGUAGUGAACAGAGUAGAUUUAAAUGUUUUUGUAUUGAAAGUUUUGAAAAGUUUUUUUUAGAAUUAAUAGAGAUAAAUUCAAGCUUCAAACAGGGGGAGGAUCAGCAGGAAGAGGGGGAAGAGAAAGAUAGUUGUUCGUUAUUACCAAAACUAUUAUCAAUUAAUGAAAUAUUUCCAUUGGAAGAUGUGCAAAAAUUAAUAGUUUAUACAAUUUUAAGAUCAAAUUUUAAGUUUGCUCAAUAUUUAUUGAAACAAACUGAUUAUUUAGGAUUUAUAGAUUUAGAUGGAAUAUCAUUACCUUUAUUCUUAUAUGAUAAUAGUCCAUCAAUUUAUCAUUAUCAUGGUACAAAGGGUGAUAUAGUAGAUUUAAUAAAUGUUUUAGAGAUUUUAGUUAGAAAAUUCCCAGAUAAUUAUAUUAUUAUCAAAAAUAUUUAUAGAAAUUUAAUUCAAACUAAAGGUUUUUCAAUUGAACAAUUAGAAUAUGUAAAUCAACUUUUUAAUCAAAAACAAGUUACAAAGAAUUAUUUAUCAGAGAGUAUUGGUUUAUUCGAAUCAUUUUAUUAUCUUCAUAUUAGAUCAAUAAAAUUCACUUCUUUUAUAUUAUCAAUUCCAAAUAUAGAUGAAAUUUUAGAAUUAUGUCCAAUUGAAAUGUAUGAUUGUAAUUAUUUGUUUGAAUUUAAUCUUGAUAAUGGUAAUGAUGGUAUAAAUAUAAAUUCAUAUUAUGAUAUCAAAAAUUAUUUAAAUUCAAAUAUAUUUACAUAUGAUUUUUUAUUUGGUCGUGAUCAAAGUGGUUGUUUUAUAAAUUCAUUUGAUAAAAUAUUACAUUUAUUAUUUAAUCAAUUAAUAUUUACACCAGUUAAUAAUUUAUUAAAUAAUAAUAAUAAUAAUAAUAAUAGUAAUAACUCAAAUGAUAAUUGUAUAUUUAUUUCAACAAUGUUAAAUUCAAUAUUAGAAUUUUGUUUAACAAUUAAAAGGGUUGAUUUAUUUUUUAAAUAUUUAGAAAUUAUAGAAAAUAAUGAAAAUUAUAAAAUCAAAUUUGUAUAUACAUUUAAUUCACCAUCUAAAUCAAUAUUACCAACUUCAGCAGCGGCAGCAGCAGCAACAACAACAUUGGUUAAAAAUUUUAAGCAACCUAUUCAAGACAACCAAUUAUUUCCAAAUUUAAAAGUUUUUAAUGAUGAUUUAUUAUUACCAAUACCAAAGAUGAUUAAAGUAUUUCAUUUAUCACCAAAUGUAAUUCAAAAGGCAAUAACAGUUAUAGAAGAUGUUGAAUUAAUUCAAAAAUUGAUAGAAUAUCAUUUCAAUGAAAAUCAAUUUCAUCAAUCUGUAUUUCUUUCAGCAUUAUGGUGUGGUAGAAUUCAAGAUACUGCAAGAUUCAUAAUGAAUAAUUAUCAAGUGAAAUUAACUUGUAUCAAUGUAUUUUCAUUAGCUGAAGAUUGUGAUACUCUUGGCUAUUCAAAAUUAUUCCUAACUGAAUUCUUUGAAAAGAUUCAAUAUCCUGAAUAUUUCGAAAAAUUAAGAAUUCAAUUAUCUUUUAAAUUAUUUAGAGAAAUGUUACUUGGUUUAUUAAUUUUAUAUUAUCAAGAUGAACCAUUACAAUAUCAAAAAUUAAUUAGUUCAAUUAGUAAUAAUAAUAAUAAUAAUAAUAAUAAUAAUAAUAAUAAUAAUGAUAGUAAUAAUAAUAAUAAUAAUAAUAAUAAUAAUAAUAAUAAUAAUAAUAAUAAUAAUAAUAAUAAUAAUAAUAAUAAUAAUAAUAAUGAUAGUAAUAAUAAUUUAAUUGAAUCUUAUCAAAAAGUUAAAAGUAAUUUUAAAAAUGGUCAAUAUAAUCGUGCAACUGAAAUGGUUUAUAAUAUUAUGAAACCUGAAAAAUAUCAACAAGUAAUUUAUCUUUAUGAUUUAUUUCAAAGCAAACAAGUUCAAUCACUUUUUGAUUCAUUAUUAAAAAAUGAUCAAAUUAAAGAAGAACAAGAAUUAUUUGAAAGAGAACAAUUAAUUGAUUAUAAUGAAAGAAAUGAAAAUAUUUUUAAUGAUCCAUUUAUAGAGGGAAAUAUAGAACAAUGUGAAUUAAUUUUAAAAUAUUAUCCAAAUAGAUUUAAAAUCACUCAAUCAGCAAUAACAAAUACAAUUAGAAAUAAUAAUAUUCAUAUUAUAAAAUAUUAUUAUAAUAAUUCAAAUGCAAAUUUAAUUAAUAAUUUAAAAACCGACACCAAUUUAUUAAAUCAUUUAAAAAUGGUUUUAAAGAAUCAUCAAGAUUAUAAAUAUAUUUUAAAUUAUUUUUGUGUAAAUAAAUAA